GCCAGAGACCCUCUUGAGAAAAAAGCAAACCACAGAAGAUCCUUCUUCGCCCCUCCUUCUCGAGGACUGGCAUUGGCCGCUAUACUUCACAUCAUCGCUUAUCUUUUCAAUGAAGAUCAAGGGAGGGCAGAUGUUCAACGACGAUUUUGAGCGAGAUUAACCCAUGAGACUCUCAGAGCCUGAGCAUGAACCAGGGGAGAGGUGCUUGUUUGUGGGCCUCAGUGCCUCAGCACUGCCUUGCACCAUGUGAUCGUUACAAGCAUGCGUCUUGUGCCUACAGAGGCCAUGUUUACGUAUUAGGAGGCAGAGAAAAAUGCUCACUGAGAGAUUUCUGGAAAUAUAAUGUGGUCUGUGACAAGUGGGCCGAGCUUCCCUAUGAUAGCGAAGAAGCACCUGAAGAACUGGAAGAGCACACAAUGGUAGCAUAUCAGGGAUUUAUGUAUGUCUUCGGAGGAAUGCAAGACUCAUCAUAUACUAACUCAAAAACACCUCUUUGGGUAUUUGAUACAGUUAAAGAGUGCUGGAUUAACUGGAAAACAGGGAGUGACACUUUACAGGGAGUGACACCAGCAAACAGAAAAGGGCACAGUGCUGUUAUCUUUGGGUCAUCUAUGUAUGUCUACGGUGGAUACAUUGAUAUAAGAGGAUCAACAAAGGAAUUCUGGAAAUUUGAUUUUGAUUCUAGGGUGUGGUCGCUCCUAAGCAGUGUACAAGGUGGGCCUGGUCCCAGACAUGGUCAUUCAGCUAUGACAUACCAGGACUCUAUGUACCUUUAUGGUGGCCUGCAGGGCCUGAGGGAACAGAAGGACCUGUGGAUCUGGAGUUCUGCCAGUCAAACCUGGAGUUGCAUCAAAUUCCAUUCAGGUCCUCCCAGGCUGGUUGGUCACUCUGCUGUAUUGUUUAAGGACAGCAUGCUCAUCUUUGGUGGUGGGGAAACCCAGAGCUCUCCUCAGAGCAGCUUGUGGAGGUUCAACCUGGAAACACAAACUUGGAAGAAGCUAGCAUUGUUGCCUGGAUCCCCCUCUCUGUGCCGGAUCCAUCACUGCAGCAUUGGCCUAGGUCAGAGUUUCCAGCCAACGGCCCCAAACAGUGUCUAUUUAAGGGAAAUACCCAACUCUCACAACAUCAAUAACAAGCUAAGACCAUUUAAGAACAAGUGCCAACCAUCCCGCCCCACUUUGCAAGAGCCCUGUAUUGAGCUCCAGACUUUCCACAUGGACAAUAAGAAGCAUUCACCAGAUUUUAGUAUUGCACUGAAAGACACUAAGCUGAAAGGAAGCUGUCUCACCUUUGAGAACCAGGAGGCUAUUAGCGAGAAGCGGAAUAGUGUUGACCUGGCAGAGGAAACGGAGGAUGCCAUGUUUCUCCAUAUGCCUGACUUGCUGUUAGUCCUGGGCGGUAAACCUCUACAAGGACAGCAUGUGAUUUCAGUGUGGCAUAUGACAGUGGCAUAAAUCUGUUGUUUUUAGUGCAUUCUACUUUCUCUGUGAGAAAUUAAUGGGCCUUAGCAACAAUACUAAUAUCCAGUGGGAGAACAAUUGAAUUCAGUCAUGUACAAAGUUUUUACACUGUCUGUAAUUAUUACCUUGACUCUGAGAAACCACAUUCACUCUGAAAAGCACCAAUUAGGGCUUUUAUCUUCCACAGAAUAUGUCAUUUGUUUCUGUAAGAGUUGUACUUAAUACUGUAUAUGCUGGUUAACAUGAUUUUACUAUGUAUCAAAAUUUUAUAUUAAAGAGUCUUAACUAAGUGUGAAAUACCGGU